UUAGUUCAAUUCGACUUCUGUGUUUUCUAGAAAUCACUCAAAACUUGAUUGAUCAUAGCUUGAUGAAUUGAUCUAGGCUCCAUUUAGUUGAAACUCCAAUUAAUGAUCAUGUGUUUGAAUUUUCAAAUGAAGCUCGUUUGUUAGCUUGGAGCCAAAAGGCUUGUUGCUUUUUUUUUUUCAUGUUGCAGUCUCUUUCUUCUUCAGAUUAUUCUCCCAUUGUCAUCAAUGGCGUUGCGUCUUCUAAUCGCUAACGCUAGAAACAAAACGCCUUUUCCAAUAGUCCAUGUCACCUUAUUUAGCAACAAAUAUACUACUACUUUAUGGGCUUAAACCAAGUUUAAUCAGUGAUCACCUUUUGAUUUGUGGGUAAAACGAAUCGUCGUUUUCAUUUUCUGGAGAAGCUAAACCGUCCCUCUUCUAUAAGCUUAUACAUCAACAGACCGGACAUAGUUACGUUAGUAUAUGUCGUAAGAUAAAAAAAAAACAUCUUCAUUCAUCACUACAUUGGCGAUGAGAGAGCUUUCGGAGCUUAACAGAGACGAUGAUGAACACGUAUGGCUCAAACACUAUUCAUCCAAGCAUCAGAUACUUCUAGUAGGCGAAGGAGAUUUCUCCUUCUCUUGCAGCUUAGCCACUUGCUUCGGCUCUGCUUCCAAUAUCUACGCUUCCUCUCUCGAUUCAUUCGAUGAUGUUGUUAGAAAGUACAAGAAGGCAAGAUCAAAUCUUGAAACUUUGAAGAGACUUGGAGCUUUCCUUUUACAUGGAGUUGAUGCUACCAAACUGCUACUCCAUCCUGAUCUUCAUUAUAGAAGAUUUGAUCGUGUCAUCUUCAACUUCCCGCACACCGGUUUCCAUGGCAAAGAGUCUGAUCCCUGUCAAAUACAGUAAGCUCAACA